CGAAAGGCCAGUGAGAACAUUUAGUGGAUCAAUGUCUUCCAUUAAAACAGUUUAGUGCAGUUGAGACUUCCCUUUAAUCCAAAGGAGCACACCGUUGCGCCAUCGUAUUCUGCUUCACGUUUUAUUUGACUUGUGUAAAUGGUAGCCCUGGAAGAGCUAUCCUAAGGAAGUUGCCUGACACUAUGGAGUUGCCAAACUACGGCAGGCAGCUCAUGCAGCAGCUGUACACCCUGAGAAAGGAGGAACAAUUCUGCGACUGCACCUUACUCAUCGGAAACACUCAAUUUAGAGCGCACAAACUUGUACUGGCCGCCUCCAGUUUGCUCUUUAAAUCUCUGCUGGACAACACGGACACGAUUUCCAUUGACCAGGCUGUUGUCUGCCCAGCAGAGUUUGCUGUUCUUUUGGAGAUGGUCUAUACGGGGAAAGUUCCACCAGGGAAGCACAACUUCACAAAAGUGGUUUCUGUCGCUGACAAUUUGCAAAUGUUUGAUAUCGCUGUAAGCUGCAAAAAUAUCAUGGCAAAGAUAAUGAAGCACAACGUGGCAAAUGAAAUGCGGGUUUCUAGCCCCGCUGUAGGUCAAGCUGUACAACAUCUAGAACGAUCAAGACCAACAGACACAAAUCAGUAUUGCAUAGUGCAAGAAUUGGACAAGAUUGAGGAGUCUGCUCCUAAUGUUACUGAAAUAACUGGGGCAGCAGAACAAAGCUUGCCUCUGGAAGGUUUAAACUGUGCUGGUUUAGAAAGCACUGGAGUUGCACUUCCCUCUGAGAAGAAUAUUCUGGUUGAUACUGUUGAUCCAAAACAAGGUGCUGAGCACCAAGAAAAUUUAGCAGAAAACAAUAGCACUAACAUCCAGGAUGUUAAUUCCCUAGGUUGUACAGCGGGUGGAGAAAUGGUCAAUGAGCGAGCCAGUAAGAAAGAGGGGCCCAGGAAUCUCUCAGAGCAAGAGUUCCUCUUGCAGCAUAAACAUGACCUUGCAGAGGCUGUCCAGGACCUACAGGCCUUAGUGGAUUCUGUGGUUAUAUCUGAUGACAUCCCAGUGGCAGAGAAAAAGGUAUUCUUAGACUGCUGUAAGGAAGCAGAAAGCAGUGAAGUUUUCUGCAGGUUACUAGAUAAAGUCACAGAAGAGAAGACUUUGCAACUAGAAACCCUGAUAUUUGUGCUUGAACAGAACAAAGAAGCUUACCCCAGGCUGCAAACUGUGCUUCAGAACUUGAACCGAAAUCUACCCAUAGAACGGUUAAUACUAACUGGUCGUAUUGAUAGUGAAGAUUUUCUGCUCAACCUUUACUUACACAAAGAGGAGGUUCUGGAAUGUGUGACGGACUUGAGUCCUUUAUUGGACUGCCUGGACUCUGCUGAAGAAAUGGCUUUCAGUGAGGAGGAGAAAAAGGUGAUUGUGGAAUGCUGUCAGGGAGAGACUGCCAGAGGUGCCAUGGCUAAGUUGUUGAGGAAAGUAAUCGAAGAGAGACUGCUCAGCGCUGAGACUGCAAUAAAUUUCCUUCAGACAAUGAAAGAGGCUUACCCAGUGCUAAAGACUCUCACAGCAGAACCAGCGAUGGCUGCAAAGUCAGAAUUGAAGAACUCAGAAGAUUAUGGGUUUGACUUGCUGAGACGAUAUCAAGAUAAUAUUGUUGAUGCAGUAACUGAUCUUCAACCUCUGCAUGACAUCCUGUCUGUUGCUGAGGAUGUAUCUGAUGAUGAAAAAGAGAGAAUUGAAGAUCUUAUUAAAGGGAAAGAUGCGAUGGAUUGUAUCAGAGAUUUGAUGGAAGCAGUGUUGGAGAAGCAAACGCUAGCAGCACUCACAGUCUGGAAACUGCUCAUCCGAAUGAAAGAGGGUGUGCCAAAGCUGUGCGCUCUGCUAGCUGAGCUCCAAAGAGAACCAGAAAGUCUCCGGCUCAUUUUAUCUGUGAGUGACAAGGAAAGUAAAGCUGUGGAUAUUUUGAGAAGACAUAGACAGUUGAUCACCGAUGCAAUUGAUGAUAUCAGCUCGCUUCUCGAUUGUUUCAUGCCUGGUGUAGAGAAUCUUCCCACUGAAACAAUAGAGAUUUUGAAGAGCUGCUGUUACAAGGAGACUGCUGGUCAGUCAUUAGAAAGCAUUCUGGGUAAAAUUCUAGAAGAGCGACUCAUUCCUGCCCUGACGUUCUGUAGACUCUUGCAUAUGAUCAGUGAGUCCCAUCCGUCCCUUGAAUUGGUAAUAAAGGCGAUGGAGCAUGCAGGACUAAUGAAAGAACCAGUGAGUGACAUGGAAGAGGAUCAGAAGGAAGACCUGAUGGAUCAGGAAGAGAGAAGUGAAGAAGAUACAGAGCACCCAGAGGACACUGGUCAUGACAGAGAGGGUGAUAGCGAACCUACUACAGAAAUAAAGAAAGUGAAGCGCAAAUCUGGAGCCAAGCAGUCCUUUAUCUGCAGCGCAUGUGGCAAGACUUUUACAUUUAAAUGUCGUCUUGAACUGCACCUCACCCGCUGCCGCAGUAUCAGUCACGUUAAAGUAGCUAGCUGCGAGGAAUGUGGCGAGACCAGAACUUCCCAGAAGGACCUAGAAAGGCACAGAGUAGAAGUGCACGAUGCACCAAGGGGAAAGAGGAGGCGGUUACCUGUGACUUGUGACAUCUGCGGGAAAUCCUUUGCUCACCAGUCAGGAAUGCAGUAUCAUAAACGCUCUGAUCACUUCGAUGAGAAACCUUUCUCUUGUAGUGAAUGUGGGGCAAAAUUUGCAGCAAAUUCCACUCUAAAGAAUCACCUGAGGCUCCACACUGGAGAGAAACCAUUCUUCUGCAAACAUUGUGAUAUGACAUUCAUGCAGGCUGCUGCGCUGGCCUAUCACAUGAAGAAAAAGCACUCGGAAGGGAAAAUGUACGGGUGCCAGUACUGUGAAGCAGUGUUUGCCCAGUCAAUUGAGUUAACGCGUCAUGUACGGACCCACACUGGGGACAAGCCAUAUGUCUGCCGGGAAUGUGGCAAAGGAUUUAGCCAGGCCAAUGGGCUCUCCAUGCACCUACGUUCAUUUCACAAUGUUGAAGACCCGUAUGAUUGUCAGAAGUGCCGGAUGAGUUUUCCAACUCUAGAGGAGCACAAGAAGCACAUCCAGGAAGUGCAUCCUCCUGAGUACAAUCCCUGUGACAUUUGUGGAAAGAACUUUAGUGCACCAUCGCUUCUGGAAAGGCACAUGGUCACACAUAUUGGUGGAAAACCAUAUAACUGUGAUAUUUGUGACAAGGCCUAUCAGCAACUGUCUGGGCUGUGGUAUCAUAAUCGCACUCACCACCCUGACAUCUUUGCAGCACAAAAUCACCGUUCUCCGAAGUUUGCCACUCUGGUGUGCUCAGCAUGUGAGAAACCCUUUGGCAGCACAGCAUCUCUGAAUAAGCACAUGAAAUCUGAUCAUUCAGAUAUCAAGAUGUUGGAGUGUGAGAAGUGUAAAGACACCUUUGCCACACAAGCAUUGUUGCACAUACACAUGAAGUCCAGACAUUCAGGAAUCCAUCCAUUUAAAUGUUCAUACUGCUCGUCGACGUUCAGAUUUCCUGGAGCUUUGCAUCAUCAUUUAAGCACAGAACAUUUAACUCCACAAAACAGCGCUUUUGUGUGUGGGGAUUGUGCCCAGCUGUUCAACUCACAGCAGGACUUGGAAGAACAUCAGAGGAGCAAGCAUGCUGGAAUACUGUUUGCUAAUGUUCAGGAAGCAGCCCAAAUGGUUAUCCAAGCAUCGGAACAAAUGACCGCCACUGAACAGGUCAUAUCCCUGGAGGAGACUCAUCUCAGUGGUGUUGGAUCGCAGGUGUUUGUGGCAUUGCCCGAUUCCCAAAACGGUUCCUCUGGGUCCCAUGAAAUUGUGGCUGUGAAUGUAAAUGACUUACUUGAUGGGUCUGUAACACUCAUCUGUGGAGAGACCCCAUGAAAAAUAGGUUUAAAAUUAUAUGAUCUCAAAACAAUCCCAAGGCUUUCCAUGAUAUGAAGAAAAUAUUUUUCUUCAUGUUCUAAUUUAUGAUUAUGGGUCAUAUCAAUUUUAGAUCUUAUUUGAAGGCUUUAUUUCAACAAUUAUUUUAAUAUAAGUUUAGAAACUUAAUGAGUACAAUGAAUGUUUGUCAUGACAUAAUAUGCAUUUUUAAAAAUAAAAUUGUUGAGCUGAAGUUGCAGUGAACCCAAAUAACAACACUGGAUGAUUCAUUUCAACCCAAUACCUCAUUACUUUCAUAUGAAUACAGUCCCUUAAACAAUUGCUGAGGAUCUGUAGAGAGAUUUCCCUGAUGGCCAAAUGAUUAACCUUACAGACCAGGAUGCCCCCAGGUUCAAUCACUGGUUCAUAUUAUAAGACACACUGGGGGAGUCACUAAAUUGGUUUUAGCAUUCCCAUAGUGGGCCUCUAAAAGCCAGAGGUCUUGGCAUCUGUUGGAAAGGUGUGUUGAAUGCUGUGCCAAUAUUCAUGGUGUGAGCCCUUGGGCAUUGGCUGCUCUGAGAUUGCAGCCAUAAAAGUCUUUCCUCAGACAGAGCAAGAGGAGAAUAAAGAAUACAGAUAACCAUUUUCCUGACUGACGACAUGGAAUGGUCAGUAUACAAAGAUGACUCUGGAUUAUUCAGGACGGGUUGUGUUCUUGCUCACAACCAAUUUGUAAAAGUGGUACCAAAUGAGGCUGUAUUUUCAUCAAUGUUUAUGCCCUUUUAAAGGUCACUACAGUUUAUAGAUGCUGAAAUGUGUAGCAAAGUUUGCACAAAGUACAAGAGAUUUCAGAGUGAUAUUUAUAAUUAGUCCACUGAAUAACCAAAAGGCAAGUCCAGUCUGUUAUUGAUCAUUCACCAAAUAUCAGAUUAGCUCAAAGUUCUUCAAAACCAGUUUAACACAACAGUCCUGUACUUAUAAAAUAACUGGCUUCAUUUCUUUUUUUUUUGCACCUGUGUAGCAAAAUGAAGAGGAAAUCGAUAUGUUGUUUGUAUGAGUGAAAUAGACUCCCUGUACUUCUCCAGUUUGGUCAGUGUGGGACUGUAAUUACAUUUUCAGACUUGCAGCACAAGUUCACUGAACAUACAUUGAUACUUGCAUCCCUUUACUUAGAAAAAGGAACACAUUCCUAGUCCAGAUCCUAUUGAUUUGAUCACGUUCUGAUAUCAAUUGGAAGUAAUUCUUCUGUAGAAGUCAAUUUCUACUCCAGAUUGAAUGUGAAUUACAGUGCUGAGAUGGAGAAAAAGAUCCACUUUUUUUUAAACCUAUUAGAAAAUACCAAUUUGCAUCAUUAAUCUGUUAGACCUUCUAGUGACCUGCCACUAUAUUCAUAAAAAGGUGCUGUUAAUUGUUCUGAAAAUCAUUUUAAAUGCUUUAACCUAAGGUUCACUAAUGGGGAUGCUUAGGAUUUGCACAUGUCUGUGUGUAAAGUAGUGAUGAAAUGUUAUUUUCCAGAGGAGUAGUAUUCACCUCAGAGGUGACAACAAUGAGCCCGAUUCAGAUGUAAACAUUUCCGAUUGGUUUUCGUUCUAACUAUUGAAUUUUGUAAGGUGAAAUUCAACCUCAUGGUGAAAUGAAGUUGGUGCCUGUUCACUGAUCUCAUUUUUUGUUCCUAACAUAUAAGGACUUCUGAAAGCUGCAGGUACUUAAUUUGGUUAGAUCCAGUCAAACUGGUCCUGAAAACCAUAAGCAAGUUCAAGGAUAAGGCAAAGCUAACUAGCCCAUCUCUCCACUACCUAACUCCCCAUCAAAGUAUCCAGCUACAUUUUCAGCCUUUUGAAUAAUUUUGUGUAUACAACUCUACCAUAUUACUCAAAUUGAGAGAAAUGUUUGGAGUAAAGGAGAUCGUUCUAAUACCUGUUGCAAAUUUAUUUUUUACUAAUUUAACUUUGCCCUGUGAUUAACCAUUUCUGGAUUUGAUUUGUACUUUUUUAUAUCAUUUAACAUUUUAUAUAUCUUCAUGAACCCUCUCCCCAUCUAUCUAAUGAUAAAAUCUGAGCUGAGUAUUUCCAAUGCACCUAUGUUUUUGAGGUGGUGUACUCAGAAUGACUGCCAGGACAGCAGGCUAUUGGAAAGAGCAAUAACAAAACUUCCAAAUUGUACAUGCUCUGUGUACUUUAUGGAUAAGGGAGAAAGUGGACGAGGUAAUCGUAUUGGAUAAACUGUCAAAAUAUAAUACACAAGAGAAGGAAGAAUGCAGCUAAUGUCUGCAUAUUUGAAUAGUUACGUUUUGAAGACUAAACUCCUGGGAAUUCCCCAAAUUAGAAUGCCUAAGGAUAGCUGAGAAGCAAUACUGAGGUGAGGCUCACCCUGGGCCAUAGAGGAAACAAUUCAGGAUGGACCAGGAGGAUAAAAACAAAAAAGUGCGGAUGCUGGAAAUCCAAAACAAAAACAGAAUU